GUACUUCUAGGUGCACUUCCUGUUGCAGCAGUAAAGAUGUCUCCGUCCUUGUUUAAUUUUGUCGAUGUUAAAGACAAAUUUACGGUUGCUGCCAGACACGCCCUAACGGGUAAAACCUGCAAACCUUUGGUCACAUCGUUUAACCAGAUCCCUGGGAAUGAAACGGAAAAGAAAACAACUCUUGAUCAGGCUUUGAGGGGCGUUCUUGGAGAUCAGAUUGUUGAGCAGAAGGCCAGCUGUGAUGACUACCUGUCUCUCAUCUACUUGAGCAUCGAUGCGGUCACAGAAGGAAUCUGCUCCGCUACAACGCCCUUCGUCCUGCUGGGAGACGUACUAGACUGCCUUCCACUCGAUCUGUGCGACAAAAUAUUCUCUUUUGUCGAAGAGAACGUCUCCACUUGGAAAUCUAACUCCUUCUACAGUGCAGGAAAAAACUAUUUAUUGAGGAUGUGUAACGAUCUUUUGAGGAGACUCUCCAAAUCUCAGAACACGGUAUUCUGCGGGCGAAUCCAGCUGUUUCUUGCGCGCCUCUUCCCUCUGUCAGAAAAGUCAGGUCUUAACCUGCAGAGCCAGUUUAAUUUGGAAAAUGUAACAGUCUUCAACAAAAAUGAACUAGAAAGCACUCUUGGCCAAAAGAGCACAAAUGAAAAGGAAGAAGGCAUGGAGGUGGAAGAAGGAGAAAUGGGGGAGGAGGAUGCUCCUGCUCAGAGCUCCAUUCCCAUUGAUUACAACUUGUACCGAAAGUUUUGGACGCUGCAGGACUACUUCAGGAAUCCUGUGCAGUGCUAUGACAAGUUUCUGUGGAUGACGUUCCUGAAGUUCUCAGAUGAGACUCUAGCUGUGUUCAAGAGCUACAAGCUGGACGACAUGCAGGCCUCCAAGAGGAAGCUGGAUGAGCUGAGAGGAUCUGAUGGAGAACAUGUUUACUUUGCCAAAUUCCUCACCAGUGAGAAGCUGAUGGACUUGCAGCUCAGCGACAGUAAUUUCAGACGCCACAUCCUGCUGCAGUACCUCAUCCUCUUCCAGUACCUGAAGGGCCAGGUCAAAUUCAAAAGCUCCAGCUGUGUCCUUAAUGACGACCAGACCACCUGGAUCGAAGAGACGACUAAACUGGUUUAUCAGCUGCUGAAAGAAAUCCCUCCUGAUGGAGACAAGUUUGCCAGCAUGGUGGAACACAUCCUCGACACAGAGGAGAACUGGAAUAGCUGGAAAAAUGAAGGAUGUCCAAGUUUUGUCAAAGAAAGAACAGUCGACGACAAACCAAAGAGACCGACCAGGAAAAGACAAGCUCCAGAGGACUUCCUUGGAAAAGGGCCAGACCGCAAGAUCUUCAUGGGAAACGACGAGUUGACCCGAUUGUGGAACCUGAACUCGGACAAUAUGGAGGCGUGUAAAUCAGACAGCAGAGAGUUUAUGCCGUCACUGGAUGAGUUCUUUGCCGAAGCGAUCGAACAGGCCGACCCGGUCAACAUGGUGGAGGACGAGUACAAGGUGGUGCGUAACCCAAACUACGGCUGGCGAGCUCUGAGGCUCCUCUCCAGAAGAAGUCCACACUUUUUUCAGCCGACCAAUCAGAAGUUCAAGAGUCUGGCAGACUACCUGGACAGCAUGGUUAGCAAAUUAGCCAAAGAACUGCCGAAGGACAUCCCCUCUGAAGAAAUCAAGACGGGAGAAGAAGACGACGACGACAAUGGAGACAACCUCCUCAAAGAGAGCAAUGACAGUCCGAGCAUCCAGAGCAAAGCGGUGACGAACCAGCAGAUGGACGACAUCGCCGCCAAACUGGGAGCUCGGUGGAAGAUGCUGGCCUCGCAUUUGGAGAUGAAGGCAGCAGAGCUGAGAGAAAUCGAAACGGACAGCGAAGACGUGGAAAUGCAGGCUAAGCUGCUGCUGGUGGCCUGGCAGGACCGAGAGGGAACCCAAGCUACAGUGGAGAGCCUGGUCACGGCUCUGAACGCCGCAGGCUUCUCCCAAAUUGCAGACAUCCUCAGUGAGGCCUAAAAUAUCAAUGAGUCUGUUUUUCAUACAUAAACUUUUCUAUGUAGUCUAGGUUCAUCUUUUUCACUAUAGAGAUCCCAAUAAAUGAUUUCCUUAUUAAAAAAAAAAA